AUGGAAUUAGAAGAGGAAGAUCAAGUUACUUAUGAAAGACAUCAUAAAUUGUGCACUUCUUUAAAUAUGGAUAAAGCAGCUGCUGACGAUGCUUGGAAAAGUUACUUAGGAAUGAAGCAAAAUUAUACUCUAGAGGGAGAUCAGUUACACUGGCUUUGUUGUGCACUUUAUGUUGCUUGUAGAAGAUCUCAAACUCCUACUUUAGGAAAUCCUCCUAUUUUUAUAGAAGGAAAUUUAGUAAGUCUUACAAGACUUUUAAGGCAGUGCAAUUUAAGCCUUAUUCAAUUCUUUAAAAAAUGUAAAAAAUGGGCAGAUAUGGCUAAUUUGCCAAAAGAAUUUCGUUCUAAAUUUGACCAUUUGGAAAGGAAAUAUGAAGUUUCCAAAGUUAUUUUUAUUAGAUAUAAACAAAUGUUUCUCGAUAUUUUUAAUGAGCCGACUCCAGAAAUAUAUCAACAUAAGUCUAAAAAACCUAGAAAUUUUCCAUGUUCUAGUUCUAGACUUUUUAAUUUUUGUUGGACACUAUAUAUAACUAUUAAAGGAAGUUUUACUGCUGUCGCUGUAGAUCUUGUUAGUUCUUAUCACUUGCUUUUAGCCUGCUGUGAUUUGAUGUACUCUAAUGCAUUAUUGGCAAAUCGAAAAGACUUACUUAAUCCAAAAUUUGAAGGGAAUGCUGAUGCGGGAUUUACAAGUUUAUUAGAUCCUCUUUAUUUUGAAUCUAAUUUUAAAGAAAUUAAUAAAGUUUAUGAUAAAUACACGUUAAGCGUUGGGGAAUUUGACGAAAGAAUUUUCUUAAGCGAUGAAGCUAAUGAAGAUAUUGGAACAUUAGAUAACAUGGAUGGUGACGAAGGGAAAAAAAAUUCUCAAUCCGAAUCUAAGUCAUUAGCUCCGCCUAGUCCAUUGACCGGUAAAAAAUGGUUAAAAAAUGAUGAAAGGGAAACUAGCACUAGUCAAAAUACGGCUCUUUCAACGGCAACCCAAGCAAUUAAUCGUCUUAAAACUAUUUUAGAAGGAAGACAGGCUCAUCCAAGUGAAAAACUCUACGAAAUAUACGCGACUUGUGAAGAAAAUCCGGAAGAAAAAAUUGAUUUUAUUGUAAAUGAACUGGGUAAAAAAUUUGGAGAGGCGUACAAUCAGCCAAACGAUCACACACCCGCCAUUAUAUUUUACGAUGAUAAACUUGUUUUAGCAAAAAAAUUAUUUUAUAAGUUGUUAGAAAAUAUAUUGCUGUAUGAAAAAAAAAUAAAACCUGACGUUAAUUUAAAUGUAAGGAGUCAGAAUAUAGUACACCAGUGUCUUUUUGCUUGUUCGUUGGAAAUUAUUAUUUAUACUUAUAAUUCUCAAAAAUCAUUUCCGUGGAUAUUGAAUGCUCUCAACAUUGAAUCAUAUUAUUUUUACAAAGUUAUUGAAAUGGUUCUUCGAACUGAGGAUCAAUUACCUAGAGUUAUUGUUAAAUAUUUAAGCAUGGUUGAAGAAAAUAUAUUAGAAACUUUGGUCUGGCAAAAUAGUAGCCCGUUAUGGAUAGCUCUUAAAAAUGAAUCGACAACUAUACCAAAAUGCGAAGAUGUACUUUUACCAUCACAAAUCAUGGAUGAAAGUCAUUCGCAAAAUAAUUAUGUUUUAAAUGCUUCUGAAAAACCAAAACGAACUGGGUCACUUAGUAUUUUUUUUAGAAAGUUUUAUAGUCUAUCAUCGGUACGAAUGCAAGAUUUGUGUGUGAAAUUAGGUAUAAAAGAUAUAAGUUUAAUGAAAAAAAUUUGGACAUGUUUCGAACAUUGCAUCGUUCAUCAUAUCGAAUUAAUGCAAGAUCGACAUUUGGAUCAAAUAUUAAUGUGCUCUAUUUAUGUUAUAUGCAAAUUUGAACCAACGGAAAGGUCGUUUAUGGAAAUAAUGAAAUGCUACAGAUUUCAACCUCAGGCAGCAUCGCAUGUCUACAGAAGUGUUUUAUUAUCAAAGACUGCUUUAGGUAAGUUUUUUAAACGUAAUAAUGAAAAUUCCAACAAAGGAAAUGGUAUAUCAAGUGUUCCUUUAACUCCUAAUAAUUUAGCUGGUACGUCAACCUCUUACGAUAAUCAAGAGAGAGGAGAUUUAAUUAAAUUUUAUAAUUCUGUUUAUGUUGCGACUGUACAAAGUUUCGUCAAUAGGUUUCGCUCUAAUCAGCAAUCCGACGUUAGCCUUCAACUUCUUUCCCCUAUCCCCAAAGGUAGAUCAACUUCUAAAUCACCGAUGAGAAGAGUAUCACAAAAACAUCCAGUAUUCAUUGUUUCGCAGAAACAUUCUGUUUACGUUCGACCGUUAGACACUUCGUUUAAUUUGUCGUCCGGAUCCCAGGCAUUAACUUAUUGCGUAAAUCGCAGUCCGGCUAAGGAUCUAAGGGCAAUCAACGAUAUGAUAAAUGAUAGUGGAAUAAUGGUAAAAAGGAAUUUGACAGAUUUUACGGAUGGAGUAACCACGGGAAUAUCACGGAAUGUCAAUUCGAGUAAACGAAGAAUUCAAAAUGUUAUAGACGAUCGUCGAGGUGAAAGUCUAUAA